AUGGAACGACUCAAUAAUCCGAGAAAUUGUGAGCAAACGGGUAUUACAAAUCAAGAUCUGGUUUCCACGCGAAAGGUGAUACGGCAUUUAGGACCAGUUCUCCGUAAGAAAAAUGUAGAUAUCAAGUUUAUUUUGAGAGAAGUGAAGAAGUUAAGAAAGACAGAGACCAGACAGUCAGAAGUUUUGUAUGAAACUGGAUCUGAGGACCGAUCUAAUUCGACAGUUCGUUUAUCAAUAUCUUCACUGAUAGACAGUGAAACAAAUUUGAGUAAGGCCAAUCCUGCGACAAUUACCUCUAUGCCACAUACUGUUAAUCCAGUUAACGAUAGCGAUCCAGCAUCAGUUAUCGAUGGGUCAGGUUUGAACAACACGCAUUACGCGGAUGAACAGUUGUUGCCUCCGCCUAUUAAAGAAAAUAUUUUAUUACAUGCAAAUACUUCCAAAGACAUUGCGAUAGAGGGAUGCGAUAAAUACAAUGUUUCUGAAUCUUUAUUAACUAAUUUGGAAUAG